AAAUCAUAUACUCUUAUAUAUAUAUAUAUAUAUAUAUACUCUUUCACAAACAACUUUAAAACAAAACGUUUACUUUCCGAAAUGGAUAUGGUGACGAGAAUGGCGUCAGAGAAACCGGUGGUGAUAUUCAGUAAAAGUUCGUGUUCAAUGUGCCAUACGAUAAAGUCUCUCCUUUUGGAAUUUGGAGUAAACCCGACCAUCUAUGAACUAGAUGAGAUCUCCAAAGGUCGGGAAAUCGAGCAAGCCCUUUUGAUAGUUGUACAGAACCCUAUGGUCGUCCCUGCUGUGUUCAUAGGAGGUCAAUUUGUUGGUGGAGCCAAUGAGAUUAUUAGCCUUCACCUUCAGCAAGCUCUGCAACCUAUGCUCAAAGAUGCCGGAGCUCUUUGGGUGUGACCAGCCCUUGAAUAUAUAUAUA